ACACGCUUCGGCAGUAGUUAGUAUUAAACCCAUCUGAAAAUAUACUAGCCUUUUGCAAUCUAGUUCAUUUUCGUUAUCAGUCCAUGUGGUCAUCACCUUCAAUAUUCACUUAUGUCAACUGUCAGUACUCAGUUGUCCUAGGAAGCGUGGAAAAACGAACACAGCGGCAUAUUUACAAAUUGUGUUAUUGAAAUCAAUAGGAGGGUUAUAAAACGUGAUUAUUAUAUCAAUAUAACUAGUGACUUAUAUUCUGUCUUAAAAAACACUCAUUAAAAUGGGAAAGCAAAAGAAGACGAGAAAGAUAGUCGAAAAGCGUUUCGCAAAAAUGAAGAAAAUGAUCAAUCCUAAAGAUAACAGAAUAAAACCCAGUGAUCGUGGUAUCCAGAAAAAAAAGAAACCCGAUCCAAAUGCAUUGAAAAUACGAGAAGUUCCACAAACAAGUUCUGCUUUAUUCUUCCAAUAUAAUACACAACUCGGCCCACCUUAUCACAUAAUAAUCGAUACAAAUUUUAUAAAUUUCUCUAUCAAGAAUAAAUUGGAUAUAGUUCAAAACAUGAUGGACUGUUUAUAUGCAAAGUGUAUUCCAUACAUAACUGAUUGUGUUUUAGGGGAAUUAGAAAAACUUGGUCGUAAAUAUAGGGUAGCUUUAAGAAUAAUUAAAGAUCCUCGUUUUGAACGGUUAGCAUGCCUACACAAAGGAACAUAUGCAGAUGACUGCAUAGUACAAAGAGUGACACAGCAUAAGUGUUAUAUUGUAGCAACCAAUGAUAAGGAUUUGAAAAGGCGAAUAAGAAAAAUACCUGGUGUUCCUAUUAUGUAUGUUGCAGACCACAAAUAUACUAUAGAAAGAAUGCCUGAUGCUUAUGGUGCACCCAAAGGUGCAAUUUGAUUAUUAUGUAGAAUAAAAAAUUACUGUA